AUGUCGGCAACAGAGGUUUGCGGGGAUUUUCUCACUAAAAUCUAUCAGUAUACAUUCGAAUAUCUGAAGAAGCGACUGGGAGCGCCUGUUGUGGAAAUGACCUCUUUUGAGUUUUGGUUCACCGUGCCAGCCAUCUGGUCAUAUGCGGCGAAAGCUGCUACAUGGGAGGCCGCCCGUCACGCAGGGUUUGGCUCACGAAUCUGCGACACGGUCAACUUUAUCCCCGAGCCCGAGGCUGCUGCAGGUGCAACUCUAAGCUGGGCAUCGUUAAAUAACAGCAUCAGGCCAGUUCAAAAGGGAGAAAUACUCAUCAUUUGUGAUUGUGGGGGAGGUACCGUUGAUGUAAUUACAUACAUCAUUACUGAUACCGGACCCUUUCGUUUUGACGAACUGAUAGCAGGUGCAGGGGGAAAGUGCGGAUCUACAUUCGUCGAUCGAAAUUUUCACAAAUGGAUGUCUUCUCGCUUUGGAGUUGCGUUCGACGAUGUCGCAGCGGAAAAGAAAGGGGUUGGAAGCCGUUUUAUGAGAGAGUUUGAACUACACAAACACGACUUUGGGCAUGCAGACAACUUCUUAGACAUUCAGUUCGAAGUUCCGCUAGUGAUGUGCAAUGUCAAAAAUGGAAGAAACUAUGAUACAGAAGACUGUCAAGUUAAACUCUCAGCAAAAGACAUGCAAACCUUUUUCGAACCAGCGGUUAAUAAGAUCAAGCAGAUUUUGAAGCAACAAGUAGAUGCCGUCCGCCAUAAGCAUUCGGAUAACAUACUAAAGAUUAUCCUCGUUGGAGGAUUCGGUGACUCUCCGUACUUGAACAAUGAGCUUGCGUUGUGGGCUAAGUCGCAAGGCAAUAUCGAGCUACUCUGUCCUGAAAACCCACAGGCCGCAGUUGUCAAGGGAGCCGCGCUCAGAGGGCUACAGGGCAUCAAGUCAUCUAAGAAGAGAGCUAGGGCCCAUUACGGCAUAGAGAUGAUGCGAGAGUUUCGGGAAGGCAUCGAUCCAGAGUCCCUUGCUGCUUAUGAUCCGUGGAACAUAAACGAGAAGGUUUGCCUAAAUAGAGCUAUCUGGAAAAUUCGCAAGGGCGAUAGCAUCGACGAGAAGUCGAGAAUCUCUCAGUGCAUUGAAGUAACCAACUCAGACGAUGAAGAUCCCUCUUUCUCUGCAGAUCUCUAUUGUUGCAAGUCUGACAACCCCCCGGAGUACACUUCAGACCAAGGCGUGGAUAUCGUUGGGACUUUGCAUUUGGACCUCUCCAGAUCGGAUUUACAGCAUUUCAAAACGAAGAGAAUCGAUGGGGUCAAAUACUGGAAAAUCGAAUACGAUCUGCACAUCUACCCCGCCCCAUCGGAUGGUUUGUUACACGUUCGAGCUGUCAUGAAUGGGGGGAAAGAAAUUGGAGUCACAACAAUUCGGUAUGAAAGUGAUAUGGAAGUACCAACAUUGGGUUGA